AGAGGAUUAAUAAGUAAUCUAUCACGUCGAGGACCCAGCGCUUUUUGUUACUUACCCCCUAAAGAUAAACAUCAAAACCAACUACGAAGAUGAUUCAAUUUACUCUUCAUCGUCCACCCAGUAGACAUUAUCAUUAUCAUUAUCCACUUUUCAUCAUCCUACACCUGCGCAGUUCCUUCUCCAAAAGUCGAUGGAAAGAAGGACUGGAGAAACAUGACCACUAGUGCGACGAAAAUCAUAAUUUGAUAAAGUACAAUUACCCAUGUACUGAAAGAAGAACUUACCUCGCUGCACGUUCUACAUUUCUUCACAGAUUCUACAUUGAAUAUCAUGGUAGAAAACCAGCAAGAAGUAGACCGCUCUACUUCCGGGAACAAAGACCCGCGGGGGCGGGGCAAAAAUCCGACUACCGCCAGUCAGCCGGAGCCGCAGCCACGACCCCCGCCCGGGCGUGUUUCGAAGCAGGAGACUUCGACCAGUGGGGCUCCAGCGGUGGCCAGAACCCCGGCCGCGCCUCCACCACGCUCUCUGGUCGUGCCAACAUCGGGAGCAGGAGAGUCCUCGUCCAUGUCGGCGCACGAUCACUUAGUACCCCAGCCGGGGCGGGGACGAGAAGAGGGAAGAAGUGAUGUUCAUGCGGGUGGUGGUGCUGUGCCAAGUCAAACUAAGACCAACUCCAACAACAAAGGAGGCGCAAUUAAUCUAUCAGUA